AUGGCAACACAUGGCAACACAUGGCAACACAUGGCAGACAUGCUGGGGCGCCAAGUUGUUUGUUGUUUCUUCGCACCGUUUCGGUUUUUUUUAUGCAGGUCGCAGUGCUGGCUCCGCCUCACGGCCAUGUCCCUUUGUACAGGCCACUUCUCAGCACUAUCUUGCACUUUUUCACUUGCACUCUUCAGACAGGCAACUCUUGCACUUCUCUGCAACUGUCCUCGGCCCAAGCACCAGUGUUGUCAGGCCCAGUCUGCCUGGUGCCCUAUGCCGAGGUGCAUUUUCUUUGCUCCCAUCUACCUUUCUCCCACAGUGGACAAUCCCUUUCAGUCAUAUGCAGAGGCUCCCGUGCAGAGCUGCCAGCGCUGCCCCGUGCUGCACGCCUGGGCCUCCAGACAUGUCCAGUUCUCAAAGCUCUCAUCAGGAAGGCUUUGGGGUUCUCUCCUGUGGCCGGGCUGCGACGACGGAGCUUGGGCUUGGCUGCUGGGUCGGAUGGCGCCGGGAAUCCGGGCUCCAUGCAUGGCUGGGGCGGGAAAGCAUGGCUUCCUUACUCCCUUCAUGUCUGCUGUAGCUGCGUUGUGCCGGAUCCAUGGGGCUUGA